CUUUAUAACAUUUCACGUUGCCUGUAUAUAACGUAGGUACGAAAUAGACUAAUUGUAUACGUAUCUUAUCAGGAAAUUAAUAUUCCAAUGCGAUAAAGUACAUCCGGGAUGUUGGCGUUUUGUUAAAAUUGGUUACAGUUUCACUCCGCUUGUUAAACGAAACGUUCCCUUAUUUUCUUCCAGUGAAUCAUGCUACCCUACGGGUAUCAUCCGUCAUCAACGUCGACGUACAACUAUCAUUACUUACUUACGCCCUUCGAAGACAGAAAGUAAUUGCAUUUUUAAAAUUUUUAACUUUAGGCGUUCCUUUUCGAUGCGUAUACAAAAUCGGUCUAAAUUAAAUGAAAGUGUCACUUUUCCAGGUUGAGGGAAGGUAAGUAGGUGCAACAAAAUGAGCAGCGAAGAGAAUACAGAUUUGUUAGACGAGUAAGUUAAACACAUUAUUAAGAGUUUCCUUGAUUAAAAGGGCGGGUGUAGGAAACCAAUUGGAGAGGACAAAGAAGAUGAAGAAUUCGAAUUUGAAGAUGGGCAAGAGUGGGGUUUUCGGGACGAGUUUCUCCCACAAAACACACUGAGCACGCUAGAGAAACCCUCCACAUUAGCUGCCUAGUCUAGUUGACACAAUGUACAUUACGUAGACUCCGCCAUGUACAUACAUAAAAUAGUACCUACAAUAGAUCUAAACUUGGCGAACCUGUAGUUUUAUUUCUUCUAGCGUAGAUCUUAGCCAGUUUGACGUAGUGUUAACACUGUAAUUUUAGAGGAAUGACGGUGACAUCGGGUAGUGUAACGAUACAAAAAGACGCCAAUAAUCUAAUCGGAAUUAGUAUCGGUGGUGGAGCGCCGCUGUGCCCGUGUUUGUAUAUCGUGCAAAUUUUCGAUAACACAGCCGCCGCCCGUGAUGGUACUUUACAAUCUGGAGAUGAGCUGGUGGCCGUUAACGGACAAUCCGUCAAAGGAAAAACAAAGGUGGAAGUCGCGAAGAUGAUCCAGUCAACUAAGGUGGAUGAAGUGAUAGUCAACUACAACAAGCUCCACGCAGACCCGCAACAAGGCAAAAGUUUGGAUAUAGUUUUGAAGAAAGUCAAGCAUCGCCUGGUUGAGAACAUGAGUUCAUCCACGGCCGAUGCUCUAGGACUUUCAAGAGCAAUUCUCUGCAACGACACCCUUGUCAAGAAAAUGCAAGAGCUCCAAGACACGGAAAUUACGUACAAAGGACUCGUUGAGCACUCCAAACGGGUGUUACAGGCCCACUUUGAGCUACACCAAACCAUUAAAGCCAUGGGCGAUAUCUUCUCAAGCUUGGCGGUGAGGGAACCGCAACCGCGUGCAAGCGAGGCGUUCAGACUGUUCGGCGAACAGCACCGCAGCAUGGAAAAGUUAGGGCACGAAAUGAUUAAGCAGGUCAAACCUGUUCUGUCAGACCUAGGGACUUACCUUCACAAGGCAAUACCCGACACGCGACUGACUGUGAAGAAAUACGCCGACGCGAAAUUUGAGUACUUAGCCUACUGCUUGAAGGUUAAAGAAAUGGACGAUGAAGAAUGCAGCUACGCCGCCUUGCAAGAACCGCUGUACCGAGUCGAAACUGGCAACUACGAGUACAGGCUAAUUUUGCGUUGCCGCCAAGUCGCGCGUGCUCGAUUUGCUAAACUCAGGGCCGACGUUUUGGUUAAGAUGGAGUUGCUGGAGAACAAACACGUACAGUCUCUCGGAGGGCAUCUCACCAAGCUGGUGAAGGGGCUCGCCGAACUGCACACCAACACACUCGCCUUGCUCUGCGGCCCACCCUUAUUCCCAGUCGAGGUCGACCUUUCCAAUAGCGCCUUCCAGUACAAAUCAACUACACCAAUUACUGCGGACCACGAUGACGAUGACAUGGAACUAGAAAACGGUGUCGAACUGGACGAAGAUAUUCUUAUUGGCGAUCUUCCCAAGUUUUCCGAGGAGAUGAUCCAGAAAGAUCCCGAAACCCCACUGCUAUCCGACAUUGAAACCGCCCAUCACGAGCCCGAUUAUGACAACAUGGAUACGUUGGCCAUGUUAUCGACCCUUAAUUUAAACGAUUGUAGUCAUGAAAAAUUACGUUCAAGUACUGAUCUGGAAAAAUCAAUUUUAGAUUUAGAUUAAUUUCAAGAUUCUUCUAAUAAUACAUUAUCUGAAAACGAUAUAAUCCUUCCAUUGUGAAGAACUGUCUACGAGAGGUAUGCAGAAAGUAGGUAGGUGUUCCAGAGCUACAGAGGGUACCUACUUAUUUUUGUCGACUCUUAAGAUAAUUAUUGUACUUUGCACAACCUUUUCUAUGUUUGUUACUACAUGUUAUAGAUUUAUCUACUCCGAUAGUUCCACAAAUGAAAACAUACUUAACGUAAACAAAACCACAGUAAAACAAGUUUUUUCUGCAAUGUAAAAGAUUGUGAAGGCGUAUUUUCUUAGUUCUCUUUAUUGUCCAAUAAGAUUUCAUUUCAAUAGCA